UGCUUUACAGCCCAUUCUACCUUUUAAAGCCAGUAUGAUUACCAUCAUUAUCUUAUUAUUAUCAUUCCGCUAGGCGUAAUUAUUUAUUUCACCUUAAAAGCACUAAUUAUUCUUCUUUAUUAAGAAAGUGCCCAAACGUGUGGAAUCUUCAAACUUCAGUGUGCGCAGGUGGCCUUUACGGUCUCUGAUUCGUAUGCGAAAGCAGCUGCAAAUAAUUUGCGUUGACAUCCAUAAAUGGAGAAGAAACAGAACAUUUCCAUAUUUACUACUGCAAGCAUCCCAUGGCUGACUGGAACAGCUGUCAAUCCUCUGUUUCGUGCGGCCUAUCUUGCAAAAGAUGGUAGGAUGAAGGUCACUUUGGUUGUUCCCUGGCUGCCUUUGAUAGAUCAGGAACACUUGUUUCCCAAUAAUAUCACAUUCGAUUCACACUUGGAGCAGGAAAAGUAUGUCCGCCAAUGGGUGGAAGAGAGGACUGGAUUUGCGUCGAAUUUUAAUAUACUUUUUUAUCCUGGAAAGUUCUCUAUAGAUAAAAGGAGCAUUCUUGCUUUGGGCGAUAUUACAGUAAUUAUACCAGAUGACGAAGCAGAUAUUGCAGUCCUUGAGGAGCCUGAGCAUCUUACAUGGUAUCAUCACGGGAAGAGAUGGAAAGAAAAAUUUCGCCUGGUUGUAGGAAUUGUUCACACCAAUUAUUGGGAGAUUGUCAGGAGAGAAAGGAACUUAUUGGUAGCACUUCUGAUAAAGUACAUUAAUGGCUGGGUAGUUGAUAUAUAUUGCCACAAGGUCAUCCGGCUAUCUGCAGCAACUCAGGAACUACCGAGAUCUGUGGUCUGCAAUGUGCAUGGAGUUAAUCCAAAGUUCCUUGAAAUUGGGCUGAAAACAAGAGAGAAGCAGCAAAAUGAUAACCAAGCUUUCAAGAAAGGUGUCUACUACAUUGGUAAGAAACUGUGGAACAAGGGGUACAAGGAGCUACUUGAUCUUUUACGUGAUCAUCAAAAGGAACUUUCUGAAUUUGAGAUCGAUUUAUAUGGUAGUGGUGAGGAUUCUGCUGAAAUUGAGGUGGCAGCUAAGAAGUUGGAAUUGGCAGUUAGGGUUCAUCCUGGACGUGAUCAUGCGGAUCCUUUAUUUCACGACUAUAAGGUGCUCCUUAAUCCAAGUACCACGGAUGUAGUUUGUACAACCUCAGCUGAAGCAUUAGCGAUGGGCAAGAUAGUUGUAUGCGCGAACCAUCCGUCAAAUGAAUUCUUCAUGCAGUUCCCAAAUUGUCGAACAUAUGAUGAUGGUGAUGGAUUCGUUAAAGCUAUACACAAGGCAUUGGCUGAUGAACCUGCCCCCUUGACUGAUGCACAAAGGUAUGAGCUUUCUUGGGACGCAGCAACCGAGCGCUUUCUGAAGGCAGCAGAGCUGGAUACUCUAUCAACAAAGAAGCAAUCGAAGACUACUAUUUCAGAGCCUUUUCUCUCUGCAUCACUGAACUUAACCAAAAAACUCGAGGAUGCAUCAGCAUUAGUACACUUCGUAGGGACUGGAUUUCUGAGCUCACAACCUGAUGAAGAGCAAUGUAAAGAACUCGGCUUGGAAGUUCCUCCAAAGAAAACCGGAUUUUCUUCUGGAAAAUGGAUCUAAGGCUGAGUCCAGAGUCUGGCAGGGCAUAUAAUUUCCUUGUUACCAAUCGUAGUAUUGCUUGUGUUUGUCUGCCAAGAAUGUAGGAGUAAUUUUUGUUGUUGUAAUGAAGGGCUUAAGGUGUAGAUCAACAAUCACGAGACUAAUUUGGUGUUGUAUGUUAACUAGCUGAUUCCAGCUCAUUUGGAAUUUGAGGAGCUGAUGCUUGAUAUAAGAAAUAUUAUUCUGUUGUACAUACUCUUUAGGUGGCUUUAUCCAACUUUUAUUUGGGAGAAAGGGUAAAUCGAACAUCCUUGGUUCCAUGAUGUCUUCAGUGUAAGAUGACUGAAUGUUUAAAUAUGAAAAGUUUCUAUUGAUGUA